ACUGCGCGCACUACGUUGUUUCCGGUUAGCUACUGGCUAGUAUCGUCAGACACCGGGAUGAUCAGACCUCAUUCAACGGGCCCGUGUGUUUUAAGUAAACCCGCUGGUCUUCGUUAUUGGAACUGUAAUAUCGAUGAUUGCCGUCAGCAGUACGAGAGUGACAAGCAUUGGUCCGCUAGACGUCAGUUCAUUGUGAAACACAUUGAAGAGUACGAGGGAAAUGCUCUUGAUAAGCUACUGGCCCUGUCGAUGGUCUGGGUCAACCAUGUUUUCCUGGGAUGCAGGUAUGGCUCCCAACUGAUGCACAAGGUGCUUGAGAUGGCAGAAGGGAUUGAUGUUGGCAAAAUGCCCUCAUAUGAACUAGUUCCAAACGUUGAAGCAAAAAAGAGGCUAUAUUCAUCUGAUGGAAGUGAAGAGCCCAUGAGGAAGAUGCCUUUGUCAAAAUUCACAUCCAGACCUCGAUUUGAACCAGUACACUUUGUAAGUGGCGGAAGCAGUGGCAGUCGAAUUGGAGAAACUGACGAAAAAGAAAACGAGAAGGAGCGCAGGAGGGGUGAGAUGAAUGACGUAAGACAAAGGGAACCAGAUCAUCAACCGUAUAAUGGUAACCGGUAUGGUUAUGAUUUUUUGCCUGAGCACAGAAGUAAGGACGUUGCCUCGGGUGGCACAAGUGGGCUUGGCUAUGGCAGCAGAGGGUCCACCCCGAACUUCAUGGGCAAGGUGCAACAGGAGUACACCGCUAGAUAUGAGGCGCAUACUGCCAGACAAUCGGACUCAUUCUCACAUGCAGGCCGAGCUAAUGGAUACGGAAGUGCUGGACGGUCUGGAGCCUGGGAUAGCGGACGGCGUGGACUGGGAUUUGGACACCAGGAUAGACCGACGUCCAACAAGGCUUUCAGCAGGUUAUACGACGGUCCAAGCAGAGGCGGCUCUGGCCUUCUCCCAACACCCUCACUGCUGUUAUCUAUCCCCACAUCAACAAUUGACGAAAAACAGAGGCUGAUUACCAGAGUAUCAUCGGCCGUUGCCAUUACCCUGAGAGAUCCUGCGUUCAUGAGUGGACCAGACAUGCCAAACUACAAUUUCAUACUCAGCCGCAGCAUUCAGGCUUGCAAGACGAACCCAGAGUACAUCUAUGUUAAUUUAAGAGAUAUUCCACCCGCUGACCUUCCUAAAAACAGAAAAGUACCCUCUGAAGGAUAUGCAUGUGAACUUAGGUGUCAGUCUGUGUACCUUGCCACAGGGUACUCUGGAAGCAAAAACGGUGCCAGAGACCGAGCGUCAGAACAGGCCGUCAAGCUGUUCAUGAGGCCGGUGGAAAUUCGUGUCCUGCAACGGCUGUACAAGCAUACUUACGUUAAUGACAUGGUGGUGUGCCAGGUUAACACUCCAAACCCAAUCCUCCCCCCACCUCUUCGCAACCCCGAGGACAAGCCACUCCCUAGUACCAAGGGCCAGUAUGAGCCUGACCGAAGCAAACACUGGACAGAAUUUGUAAUCAUGGAGAAUGCACAUGAUGCCAUCUGUAUACUCAACAACUCGGCUGCGUUCAACCGCAUGAAAGUUGAUUACACUUUUGACCCGGUUCCCAACAGCAAUUUAUGGCUCUGUAGUGUGUAUUUACAGGACGAGCUGGUGGCACAAGCCAGAGGGACCAAGAAGAGCUCAAAACAUGCAGCGGCAGAGGUGGCAGUAAGGAAGUUGCGAAUGAACCAGGCUGCUCGUCAACAAGAGCAGCAACAGCAGCAGAAUUUUUCUGGAGGCAACCACACUACAGACCAGCCUGGCAGUCGCUACGCCCAGCAAAGCAACAAGAAAGCACAGCUAGGUGAAUUGGUCAUCCUUGAAAACUCUGAUAACGCUAUUUGCAUAAUAAAUGACACUGCUCAAUUUAAUAAAGUGCUUGCUGACUACAAGUUUACGGUUCUGCCAGACCAUCGCUGGAGGUGUGAAGUUUACCUCGAUGGUCAGUAUGUGGCUGCUGGCCUUGGACCCAAAAAGACAGUGAAGCACAUUGCAGCAGAGGAGGCCCUCGCCACACUUCGGCGCACACAAGCUGUGGUGAAGUCCAACCUCAGGAAAGAGGGCCAUGUGGAUGCAAUUUCCCGAAAUCAAAUCAUGGCUCAUUCUGGAGAGGAAUCCAUGCGGCAGGAGAUCAAGGAGGACAACAUUGGUAACCAGCUACUCCGUAAGAUGGGCUGGACAGGAGGUGGUUUGGGUAGAGAAGGAGAGGGCAUUGCUGAACCCAUCAAGGUCAAAGAGCAGUUUACCAGGGAAGGACUCGGUAUGGACAUGGACAGGCACAGUAAUCAGCUAACUAAGCGUGAUAUUGAGGAAAUAAUUCGGAAUUAUGCGAGUUCAGACCGUCAAGAUGACCUGCGCUUCUCCACAGAGCUUAACAAUGAAGAGCGCAGGCAGAUACACCAAGUAUCCCAAAGAUAUGGGCUGCGCAGCAAAUCAUACGGACAGAGCCGACAGCGCUUCCUCGUGGUUAGCCGCAGAGUUCAGAAGGAACAGCUGAUUGGUCAGCUAUUGCAGGAGGGGCAGGUGGGACGAUAUGAACUGGUGAAACCUCAGGCUUCACAAUGACUAGGCUCAGCAGGCCUCUGAGAAACCAACAGAUGACCAUUAAUAAAAGCGAAGUGGUGUUACUUGUUACUUUUCCUUUAAUUUGUUUCCGAAGAUUGUAAAAUAUUUUUUUU